AUGGGGGACUCUUUCGUCAUAGCAAUAGAUUUUGGUACUGCAUAUAGUGGACAUGCCUUCAGUUUGACUGCCAAGGAAGCUAAAAGUGAUAUCCAUGUAAAGAAGUGGGGAGAAGAUGUUGGUCAACAAACUCCAAAGACUCCUACUUGUAUCCUCUUCAAUGAAAAGGAAGAAUUGAUCAGUUUUGGGUAUAAAGCCCAAACUGACUAUUUCAAAAUGAAGGGAAAACAAGCCAAAGAAUCUUACUUAUUUGACUGCUUCAAGAUGUCCCUCUACGGUAAAAGUUUCAACAGGAAUCUGAAAAUCAAAGCAGCCAAUGGAAAUGCAUUACCAGCUCUUAAGGUUUUUACUGAAGCUCUCAGAUUCCUGAAAGAUGAUGCAUUACAAACCAUCAAUGACAGUGCAGCUGGUAAAAAGUUUAUAGCCACUGAUUUCACCUGGGUGCUGACAGUUCCUGCCAUCUGGGAUCCUUCAGCUAAACAGUUCAUGAGAGAAGCUGCAAUACAGGCAGGGAUUGUUGAAGAAAGAAAUAAAGAAAAACUUAUCAUUGCUCUGGAACCAGAAGCAGCAUCUCUCUGGUGUAAGCAGCUGCCAGCUGAAGGUUUCAUAGCAGAACACCAAGGGCAAACCAAACUAGAACAAUCUCCAGGAACACAAUAUAUUGUUGUUGACUGUGGAGGAGGAACCAUUGACAUCACAGUUCACGAAGUCCUGAAAGGAGGAGCAUUAAAAGAGCUUCAUAAGGCCUCUGGAAACAAUCUGGGAGGACAAAUUGUGGACCGAAGAUUUAAAGAGUUUCUUAGAAAGAUAUUCUGUAAUGGAGUCUGGGAUGAGUUUGAAAAAAACCAUCCCAAUGAUGUCAAAAAGAUUGUGUAUGAUUUCACACUUUUCAAAAAACAAAAUGAUGAUGUGGACAUUAGCUGUCCUUAUAGCCUUGGGAAGAUUGCUCAGGAUAAGAAGGCAAUGGAGAAGUACUUUGAAAGGGUAGAAGGAGCUUCCUGGGAUGAAGGAUGUAUAACCAUCACUAAAGAGAAACUAAACUCAUUCUUUACAGAGAGUCUGCAGGGUAUCACUCAAAGUCUCAAAGAAAUCCUUACCAAAGCCCUAAACAUUAAGUACAUUUUAUUAGUAGGGGGCUUUGCUGAGAGCAAGAUUCUGCGAAAACAUAUUGAUGAUAAGUUUGGGGUUAAGUGUAAAAUUCUGUGUCCAGUUAGGCCACAGGAAGCAAUCCUAAAAGGAGCUGUAGAGUUCGGCAGAAAGCCACACUUGGUGGCGUCUCGGAAAAGUGCUUUCACUUACGGAGUCAGAGUAUCUCGAAGGUUUGACAAGUUCAAGCACAAGGCAGAAAAAAAAUUCACCAACAAAGAGGGUGAAUGGUGCAGGGAUCUGUUCAUGAAACUGGUGGAGGCCGAUGAGGAUGUGGAUUGGGAUGAAACCAGAACCUUCACCUUAUAUCCGACCGAGGCACAUACGAGGAUGAUGAACUACAAUUUUUACUGCACCAAAAAGACAAGUCCAAUAUAUGUGGAUGAGGAGGGAAUGGUGAAGAUUGGCUGCUUCUUUCUACACUCUCCAAACACCAAGCGUGGUAUGAAUCGGGAACUUAAACUAAACAUAAAGUUUGGCUUCACAGAAAUGACCAUAGAAGGAAAAGACCUAGAUUCUGAUUUAACAUCAUCAAUUGAGCUCGAUUUCAUGACUAAUUAA